AUGGAAAAGGCACUUGCACGCUACGGUGUCACUCAUCGUCUUUCCACUGCGUACCACCCGCAAAGUAGUGGCCAAGUAGAGAAUGCUAACCGAGGGGUGAAGAGAAUCCUAGAGAAAACGGUAGGAAAAAGUAGAAAGGAUUGGUCGGAAAAGCUUAACGAUGCUUUGUGGGCUUUCCGCACCGCCUAUAAGACACCGUUAGGAACAACACCCUUUAUGAUUGUGUAUGGCAAAGCUUGCCAUCUUCCGGUAGAGUUAGAGCAUAGAGCUUUGUGUGCAUUGAAAACCAUUAAUCUUGACCUUACCGAGGCCGCUAGAAGGAGGUUCUUCCAAAUUCACGAGUUAGAAGCAUUGAGGGAUGCCGCCUAUGAACGAUCUUGGAGUAUCAAGGAAAAAACUAAGGCGUUGCAUGAUAGGAGGUUGCGAGGCUUGAAAGAGUUUAAGGUAGGUGAUAAAGUGCUUUUGUUCAAUUCGAGGUUGAAAUUGAUAGCAGGGAAGCUAAAAUCGAGAUGGAGUGGACCGUAUGUGGUGAAAGAAGUGUUUCCAUAG